CAAAAGGAAAAUUGAAUUAUAUCUACUAAGCAUUAAAUAUCCCCAACCAUGAAGGCAAUUCUUAUUGCAUUCUUACUGUUGCCCUAUGUGGCUUUCGUUCCCAGUUCAACUCUAGCUCGAGAACCGAAGGAGGCAGUGACUAUUCCGAUCGGGCCCGCGUACCGUAAUCCUCCUUUUAUUGGAUGCGACCCUUUUAAAAGAAAUUGCCAUCGGCUGGAUCCACCAUGUACUCAUGGUUCAGGAAAUUGCUGACUAAAAACUGAAAGAUAUAUAGUGUAUAUCUGGAGUUUCACUCCCAUGGAAGAAGCUCUCUCCUUACCCAAAACUCUCAAGCAACUAUAUAUAUAGUUUUUAAUUUUAACACCUACUGUGUUAAAAUUUUGGUGGUGUCAUCUCUAUAUUUUGCUUUAGAAUUCCGUGUAGUUUGGCUCAAUAAGAGCAAGUAUGCUUUAUUUUCCAGUUUGCAGUGGCAAUAAUAAUCUUGUAAUGUUGUGAAACAAAGGUCUGGUCUUUAGCCUGGUUCAUCCAAAUAAAUAAGAAUAAAAACAUGCUAUUUCCAUUUGCUUCCACGC